AUGCAACCAACCGCCCAGGCCACCCAGAAAGAUACUUCUGAAGACAAGGAUAACUGGAUUCACAAAGGCUACGCCUGGAAUCCACAAUGUGUGAUUGUUUGA